AUGUUGACGCCAAGCCAACAGAAGGCAGUGGAUUAUGAUUACGAGCCUGGUACAGUCUUGUCUAUACAGAGCGGGCCAGGAUGUGGGAAGACAUUGGCAUUAAUCAAUAGAAUCAGGCGGUUACUAGAGGAAGGUGUGAGUCCGCUGGAGAUUAUUGUCUUGUCCAUGACAAACCGAACUGUUAAUUUGUUGCAAAAAGCACUUUCUGAAAUUAUAAAGGAUGAAUUGGUUCAGGAUGUGGUUAUCAAGACGUUUCAUUCUUUUGCGGCCCAGAUAUUUGACGAGAAUUUUAGCAAAUACUUUCCUGGUCGCCCACCCAAUAGCGUUGUUGAUGACUCGACUUGGAAAUCCUUUGCCAAGUUUUUCAGUGCAAAGCACAAGGAUUUGGAUGCUGCUGUACUUGCGGUCAAUUCAGGGGCGCCCCUUGGUCUGGUGGCUCUGAAGUAUUCAAUCUCAAGGGAUCAGUUAGAGCGGACGAUGGAAUACCUUGAGGAUAACGGAAUGAUUCGUUUCCAUGGGUUGAUAACUAAUGCAAUUGAGGUUUUCAGUGAAUCAAAUGGGGCCUUACCUCUAGCUGAUGCAAAGGUGGUCAUUAUUGAUGAGUUUCAGGAUAUGCAACCGAUCCUUUUAAAGUUUAUCAAACAAAUUGCCGUUUAUGGAAGGAGGAAGCAUGUCACGCUAGCCGGCGAUAAGAAUCAAUGCAUUUACGACUUUUUGGGGUCGCGUCCUGGGAUUACUGAAGAGUUUAUACAUGAUUUAAAGUUCAAGCACACGGAAAUUGUAUUGAAGGAGACCUUUCGAUUGAGCCCUGAGAUUUUAGCGGUGGCUAAUGAAAUAAUACCUUCUGAAUUGACAAGUGUCAAACGAGAAGGAGUUCUGCCUAUACGGCAGGGUGACUUGUGUACCGAUAUUGUGGAAUUAAUAACCAUUUCAGGGGGGUUGAUCAAGUUUUCCGACAUUAUUAUCCUCACAUUCACUAAUAGAGAGGUGGAACAGUUUGCCGAGGAAUUGACUACCAGAUACGGCAUAAAGUGUAACAAGUUUAGUGGUCACAGCUGGAUAAAUUCGAAAGUGCAUAUCUACUUGGACUUUCUACAUAUCCUAAGACGAAGCUACGGAUCUGAUUUUGCUCUCUUGUUUGUUUUGGAAAAGAUGGGUGUGAGAAAUAUAAAAGGGUUGUUUGCAAAGUACAAUGAAUGGAACUGCAGCAAGCAGAAUAGAUUGGAAGAUUAUUUGAGAGAAAAUAGUUCAAAUACACUUGUAGGGGAGUUUCUUUGCUUGAUUGAGAACGAGAGGCAGGGGUUGGAUACGCCGAUUUCUAUAUUAUCAUCUUUGGGCCGAAUUAGCAUACAAACAGGGUUGGUUGGUACUGUCAAACCCGAUGAGGUGAGUGCAUUCUACACCUCAUUGAAGCUUUCUUACAGGAGGUAUUUAGCCGAUCCCAGAGGCACAUUUCUAGAAUACUUUUUAAUGCAUUACUACGACGACGAGCCGGUAUUUGAAGAAGAUAGGGUGAAUGUGUCCACUAUCCAUAAAGCCAAAGGGUUGGAGUUUCCGGUUAGCAAAGUGUUUGUUGUAUGUCGGUCAAGAGACUUUUAG